UUUGAAAAGAAUAAUGAUGCUAUAGAGAAAGCUAUUGAGAGCUUGGAAGAAAAUGGUCCAAUGGAAGAUGCUUGGACAACACUAGCGCCUGAGACAGAGCUUCUUAGGCUGGAGUGCAAUUUGGAGCGUGAGGAAAUAAGUCCAGAUCAAAUCAAUGAACAAGAUGAUGUCCCAGAUUUUUGUCGGAGUCCCACAAGGGGAGGAAGUACUAUGCCAAUGUUUGAGGCUCCUAAAAUAGACCCCAAUGUUGUGCGACAAAUGUAUCAGAAUUUAAAUCAAAAGCAGGCUUCAGUGUUCUACGCGGUGCGCAAGUGGUGCUUAAGACGUGUGUGGGGACAGAGUGCUGAUCAGUUUUUUUACUUUGUCACUGGUGGAGCUGGCACAGGCAAGUCACACCUCAUCAAAUGCAUCUACGCAGAGGCAUCAAAGAUACUUCGGAAGUUACCCCGUAUUACAGAGGAAAGAGACAUGUCUAUGCCCACUGUGCUUCUCACAGCAUUUACUGGCACAGCAGCCUUUAAUAUAGCAGGCAAGACACUGCACUCUGUACUGAAACUGCCAAGAAGCCUUAAACCACCUUACCAGUGUUUUGGGAACCGUCUGGAUGAAGUGAGGGCAACCUUGUCCAAUGCUGAGAUUUUGAUUAUUGACGAAGUGUCCAUGAUAUCCAAACAACUUUUUGCCUAUGUCAAUUGGAGGUUGCAAGAAAUCAAAGGCAGUAAGAAACCUUUUGGGGGCCUCUCUCUGCUAGUCCUAGGCGAUUACUACCAAUUACCACCACCGGGUAAAGCCAAACCUCUCUGUGUGUUUGAGAGUCACGUUUUGGAUUUCUGGAAGGACCAGUUCCAAGUAGUUACACUGACAGAAAUUAUGCGCCAAAAAGAUGAUCUACCAUUUGCUGAGCUGCUGAACAGGGUCAGAGUGAAACGCAAAGGAGAGGCAUUAUCUGAUGCGGACAAAGCUCUACUUGCCCAAGCCUUAACUCAAGCUCAGGACUGUCCUAAAGACAUCCUACAUGUUUUUGCCACAAAUAAAGAGGUAAACCAGCACAAUGCUGACACCAUAUCUGCUCUGUACUCUGAACUGGUGAAUGUAGAUGCUCAUGACUAUAAAAAAGAUCUUCAAACUGGUCGGAUGGAAAGGCAGAGUGCACCUUUUGAAGGUUGUAAAGGUGAUCUACCAGAUAGAUUACAACUUGCUGAAGGUGCUCGUGUGAUGCUAAUCCGAAACAUUGAUGUAGAAGAUGGACUGGUGAAUGGCUCUUUUGGAAAGAUCGCUAAAAUUGUCUAUGAUGGCCAAGCUGGCAAAACAUUUGUAAAGCUACUCGGUAUUGAGCUAGACAAUCCCAGUGCAGGGCAGAGACAUCGCAACCAGCCUCCAGGAGUGUCGGAUAACUUGACAUAUAUUGACAGAAUCGAGGAACCUCUGAGUAAAAAAGGAGUGGUUCGCCACAUGUUCCCGAUGACACUUUGUUAUGGGGUUACCAUACAUAAAUGCCAAGGGAUGUCAACAGUGUCUAUAGUGGUUUCAUUGAAGCGGAUUUUUGAACCAGGCAUGGCAUAUGUUGGUCUCAGUAGAACUACCUCACUGCGUGGACUGCACAUACUUGAUUUUGAUGAAGGCAAAAUAUAUGCUGAUCCUGAAGUAGCAACUGCGUUGGAAAGUAUGCCAAAAGCACAAGUGGAAAAUUCUAUGCCCCUCCUUCACCAUCUCAACUCACUUGGUUCAUCAUCACGGCUAACACUGAUUCACCACAACACAGAGGGACUGUCAGCCCAUAUGGAAGAUAUCAAGAAACAUCAUGAAAUGUGUCUUGCAGAUAUUUUGUGUUUCACUGAAACACACCUAUUUGGCAACUUUGUCCCAGACACUCUGCAGUUGGAGAAUUAUCACAUGUAUAACCGCAACAGGCAUGUUUCAUACUCUACGCUUUCUCAUCUAGCCCAGAAGAAUGGUGGGGGAGUUGCUGUGUUUCUUAAAAACCAUGUUCAGGCUCAUCAAGUGCCAUACAUUCAGGGUGUUACUGACCUCGAAUUCCUGGUAGUGAAGGUUGUGGCUCCAGUUCAUGUUCUGAUUGCAGUGAUUUACAGAUCACCUGAUUACAACAUAAAUCUAUUUUUGACCAAUCUCCGUCACCUGUUGGAGUCUUUACAGGUCAUUGCAGACGGCCCAGUUAUUGUUUGUGGGGAUUUUAAUGAGGACCUAUUGGCCACAGGAAGGAAACCAAUCUUUGAGCUGUUUCAGUCAAGAGCUUUCACAAAUCUCAUUACUACUUCUACCACAGAGAAGAAUACGCUGUUGGAUAAUAUUUUCAUCUCUGAUCAUCGGCACUGUGCCCAUUCAGGCGUUCUACAGACGUAUUAUAGUUAUCACGAUCCAGUGUUUUGUAUUUUAACUUAAUUUACAUAUGAUUUUACAAUAGUAUAUGAUGUGACUGUUUAAUCUAUCAAUUGAUGGCAAAGAUGUAGAAUCGUAUGGCCUUGAAAUACUAACAUAAUGUGAACAAAAUAACUGUUUGGACAGAUUGUCAAAAACACUUAUGCUUUGUAUUCCCCAGAUAUCAAUUAACGUUAUCCAAACCAACACAGGGAUUAGUCACCCUGGAGCAACUAUGGGAGUGCCUUUAAUGCUUAACUGAGUUUAAUUAGGUGUUAUGGUUUGUACAAGUUUUGCAUGCUGACAAAGUUCCUUAGACUACACUGCCACUGAAACUUGGGAGGUAUCGUUUCUUUGGAAAUUAAUAAACGACCUUUAGAAGAAAAAUGGGUUCAUAAGAAUUUGGUAAGUAUUUUCAAGUUCAAGUAGUCUAUUGUUUAUUGUCACUAGUAUUAUAGCGAAGGAAAAUACAUUAAUAGUAGUAAUUACCAUGGUGUGUGAAUUAUAUCUGAUAUAAGAAUCUGUCUGUCUAGCUAUCUAUUCAUCUAUUUGUUCUAUAUGUUCAUCUGUUUAUCUCCAAGAGCAAUUUGAUGGAUACUCCUGGCACCAAAUUUCAACAAGGACUCCCUGAAACACAUGACUAUUUUAACAUGGGAUGAUGCUGAAACCCCCGAAGACAAUGAGAUUACCACUCCUGGCACCAAAUUUCAACAAGGACUCCCUGAAACACAUGACUAUUUUAACAUGGGAUGAUGCUGAGACCCCCAAAGAUGUGGUGAAAUGAACACUUCAAAAUAGCCUCCUAGAAGGCCUUGUCUACUGAGGACCUAAAGUCUUCUUUCUUGGGAGUCUUGAGGAAGCGGCAAUGGACAUCACAAGCACCGUUAUGUGGAUUUACAAUAACUGCAGACAUGAGAAUCCCAUAGACUGUUGAUGUGGGGACUGUGAUCGAGGCCAUGAAACUUUGCCAAUGUCAUCUCGUCCAUCAUGCUCUACUUACGGAUGCUCUUCAUCAACUACAGGAAUGUGUGUUAACCCCUCUUGGUACCAGGACAACAGCCUAGGUCAAACCAAGGACCUAAUGGUGGACUACAGGAGACUGGAGCAAGAGGAGCACACACCCGUCUACCCCUCUCACUACAAAGGACUUUACUCUACUGUAACUGACCCUUGGCAGAUGGGUUGGGCCCUUGAGUCGUGGAUCUGUCUGAGGUUUCUUCCUAUAUGAAUCUCCAAUUCUAGGGAGUUUUUCCUUGCCCCUGUUGCUCAUGGGCUCUCUUUGAAGGUUUAACACGCUGCCAUGAGACAUGUGUAAUAUUUU